AUGGAAGGCGUAGCCUUGUCAAAUUUUGGGCUGAUGGUUCCUGGGGGAACAUCUCCUGGACAACACAUCUUCACAAUGACUACAGAAGAAUUAGCCCUCACCUGGGAUGACCAUCACAACACACUUGUGGGUGUGUUCAGAAAGCUACUGGAGACUAGCACUUUAGUGGAUUGUACCAUUGCAGCUGAAGGGCGAUAUUUGAGGGCACACAAAAUUAUUCUGUCUGCUUGCAGUCCAUAUUUUGAGAUGUUGUUCUCUCAAGAGAAUGAAAAGAAUCCAAUAGUGGUUCUUAAAGAUAUAAAAUUCCAAGAAUUACAAGCAAUGAUUGACUUUAUAUAUUCUGGCAAAGUUAAAGUACCUGAAGAUCGUCUAGGAGAUUUUGUAGAUGCAGCAGAAUCUCUUCAAAUUAAAGGUUUAGGAGGUGAUAAUUAUCAAAGGAAUAAUUUGGGAAAGGAGAGACUUGGUCACCCCUUAACCAGAAAGGAUGACGGUGUUUCCCCAGUCCCUCACAAACGCAGCAGACAAAGUUUUUUGAGUGCUAGUGAAGAAAGCGUAGGUGAGAUAUCAUCAGCAACGAAUAUCAGUGAAAAUAAGAACAAUGAAAAUGUGUCCCAUCAAAUGCAAGUAGAUAUACUAGAUGCUGAGCAGAAUUCGUGUAUAGCAAGCGCCACGCGCUGUUCAGCUGCUUUUUCCACCAGUGUGCUUAGUGCUCAGAUAACCUCGUCAUCGUUAGAAUCCGUGCUUCCACUCUCUGAAACUGUUGUUGUCAAAACAGAACCUGAGCCAAUCGCGGAAGUUUAUCUGCCAGACUUCAAACCAAAGGAAGAAGAGGGUGCCGAGGACAUUUUGGGAUUAGACAGCGGGGGUGAUGUCACCGAAAGCAUUGUGGAUGUCAACAGUCAACACUCUACUAAUCAGUACUCUGGGAGACAUUUCUGCUACCACUCUGCAAAGUGUCGAGCAGUUUGUGUGGCUUGGUGAAAUAGAAGCAUAAUUGUUGGAUACAUCUGUUUAUUACUUUAAGAGAUCAGAUUGAAGUAGCAAGUUUCUGUUAGAUACAACUCUCGAUGAUGAUACUGGCACUAUUGCCAUUGACUGUAGAAUACCAUUUUGUUUUGCUCUGUCAGCUCUGCCUUGCCACUUGCUGCUAGCAAUGUCUUCAAGCAAAGCGUAGCUAGACUAGCUCCUUGCAGUGUCUUCAGUGUGAUCUUCAGUCAGUUUGUGAUUUAUUUAUUUGGCAAAUACAUUUGGCUUAAAAUAUUUUUGCAAUGGGCCUCCUUGAAAGAAACUUGUUCCAAUUUUACUCAUCGUUAGUGUUGCAGGGUAUUUCUGGGGAAGUUUCAGCAGUCGUUUUCUAGCCAAGAACCAGCAACAUUUUUUCCAUGUCCAUAAUGCAAAAUGAAACUUCUUUUUUGAACAAUUUUCCAAGAAACUUUAUAUAAUUGCAAUUACUACUAAAAUUUGUGAGGAAGGACUGAGAAAUGCUUGCAGGCUUCGUUGUGAAAUCCUGGUUUAUGCCUGUGGAGAUGUUAUUGGUUUUUGUGUGAUUAUUGUGUUGCUCUAGUGCAUAUGUGAUGAACAUAACCUUUUUGUAUCUUAACUGACUGAUAGUUUCUUUAUGCAAUAAACGAUUUUGGAAAUGUUACAGAAUAGGGAACGAAGGUUUGCCCUUAUUGCUUGAGUGCUGCCCUUGUAGCAAACAAGAUUUUUUUGGCCCAUUUCUCUGUCGUCAUUUGGUUGUUGAUUUGAAGAAGUUUGUUUGUUUUCAUCAAUGCCAUGUAUCAAGAUGUUUUUUGAUCGUUGUUCUCUAUCAAUGUAUUCAGAAUAAAAUGAUUCCAAUGAAUCAGCGUUUAUAUGAGAAAUAGUUCCAGUUGAAUUGAGUGAUACUUUGAUUUCAUUAUGUUCUGUCUUUAGUAUAUUAUUUUCUCUCAUAAUAUCCAUGACUAUUUUAGUAAGACUCAACAAUGAUAUUUUGAUGUCUAUUUCAUCAUUGAUGUCUGAACAUUUGUCACAGUAAUAUUGCAUAAGCC